AAAUUAAAAAAAAAUACAUUUCAUUUACAGCUAAGGAAAUUAUAACAUUAAAUGAUUUAUUUUAUUUUUUAUAACUGUUAACAGUAGACAUAUUAUAUAUUUUUAUAUAUAUUUUAUAAAGAUUUAGAUAAAAUGUCUAAAGAACAAACUGCUGGUAGUAUGAGCAAACAUAAUUAUCGUGAUAAAAUAUGGAACUACAUGAUGGAUAAUGAUUUAGUUAAUUUUCCUUCAAUUGUUUAUCAUCGCAUACCAAAUUUCAAGGGUGCGGAUGAAGCUGCAAGACGUUUGUCUGAGUUAGAUGAAUUUAAAAAUGCGCGAGUUAUGAAAGUAAAUCCGGACAAACCACAAGAACCCGUGAGGUUGUCGGCGUUAGAAGCUGGUAAGGAAAUAUUGGUACCGAUACCCAGAUUGAAAACGGGUCUAUUUCUUCAUGUUGUCCCUACGACACCUGCGGGCACAAUAGCGAGCCGCGAUGAUUUAAAAGUCAUGGCAACUCGUCAUGGUAUUCAGGAACAUGGAAAACCCAUAAGUGUCGAUUCUGAUAUUAAAGUUGAUUUGGUUGUCCUGGGCUCUGUCUGCGUGAGUCGCGAUGGGUAUAGGAUUGGAAAAGGUGAAGGUUUUGCUGACUUAGAGUUCGCUAUGAUGAUGAGAAUGAACGCGGUUAGUGACGAGACGGUUGUCGUUACGACUGUUCAUGAUUGCCAGCUGAUUGAUAAAUUUGAAGAUGGGUUAUUUGAAAAGCACGAUGUGCCUGUUGAUAUUAUUAUCACUCCCACGCAAACUAUUUUUGUUAAUGAAAAAUUGAAGAAACCUGUGGGUAUUUUUUGGGAUAUAUUGACUCCGAGGCGGGUAAAGGCGAUGCAGAUAUUACAGUUGUUGAAAAAAAUUGAUGAAAAAGAGGGAAAACAAGUAAUUCUAAAAAAAGAAGAUCCUAAUAAUGAUAACGUAAAACCAAAACGAUUUGAAAAAAAUUGGAAACGCACGAAAGGAAAAAAAAAUUCCAAAGUUAAAGAGGAGUCAGCAUCAGAAUUAAAGUUAAAAAGUGAUAAUAAUGGGAAUGAUAAUAAUAGUCCUAAAGAAAAUGGCGACAGUGAAGUGAAGGAAGAGAAGAAAGAGAAACCGAAAAAUCCAAGACGACGUCAGCCUCCAAAAAAUAAAAAAAUAGAAACUGAUGCUCCAAAUGAGACAGAAAAAAUAGUCAAGCCAAAAGAUCCAGACGUACGUCGUAAAGCUAUGAAACUAAAGUCAAAGCCUCAUAUUGAUUUUUCAUUAAAAUUAUCAAAUAUUGGUUCCGAUGUACGUGUCAGAGAUUUGAAAAACGCAUUAUCACAACGGGGAGUUAAUCCGACGUCGAUAACAUGGCGCGGGCAACGCGGAUUUUGUUAUCUUCACUUUGGUAAACUCCGAAAUAAAAACUCCCAGCCGAAUCAACCGGUUCAAGUUGACUCAAUAGUCUCUAACUUACAACAAUUAUAUGUCGGUGAUGCUAAUAGUAACGGUAAUGGUAGUGGAGGUGAUUCAAAUAUUACCAACGAUAAAUUUAUAAUCGUUGAACCGGCAAAACCUAUUACUAGGAUUGAAACAACUGACGUUACUGCCGUUUAAUUGACUAUUUGGUUCGUUAUUUAUAUUAUUUUGUACGAGAGUCUAUUUUAUAUACGUAUACAUAUAUAUAUAAAUACUCAAUUUUUACGUACUCUGCCUACGUGUGAUACUUCAUAUAUUAAUUACGCGUUUCUUUCUUCCGCUUUAAUUUUUAUAUAUAUAUGACGAUGAAAUGAAUUUAAUCUUUUCAAGAAGAAAUAAAUUGUUUGUCGGUGUUUGUGAUAAGUAACUGUAGUUAAUUAUCAUAAUCUAACUAUUAUUAUUAUUAUAUUAGAGUAAUAUUUUCUUACAAACAAUUGUGGUGGGUGAAAUUCACGCUCAAAGACACUAAUGAUCGUCAGACUUUUAUUAACAAAUUUAUAUCAAUCGGUAGUAAAAAAAUUUUUAAUAUUUCAUCUGGAAAAAAAAU